GCAGCACUAACAAACCGUUCACCGGGGCCGCUCAUUAGCGUCAAUUUUAGAAAAUGGAUUUCAGCUCGAGAGGAGACAACGGGAGCCCGAACGGCCCCUACGGCGCGUGGCUGUAGAACGAGUUCAAAAGGCGCGUGGUGUGCGCGGCCGCCUCCGUUUUAUCCUCACUUCUCUGCAGCGCGUGCUGCUGCUCGGUCGGUCGGUCGGUGGCGUCGGCAGGAGCGGCCGUUGUGUUGUGCUGAUCUACUGUGUGUGUGUGUGUGUCUCUGUGUAUGAGCGCGCGUGUUUGUUGCGUGUAUAUAUGUGUGGUUUGCGCGUGAACCGGCAAAAUCAAAGACCAAGCAGGCCAGCGCGAGCCAGCGAGAAACGCAGGCAGGCAGGCAGAGAGGCAGCCCGCGAGCGCUCUGCUAGCAAAGCGUACGUUACACUGCGAGAGAUGGUCACGUCCACACCGGGGAUCCUUCUGCUGCCGCUGCUAAUAUAUCUCCAGCAUUGCAUUAACGUCCACGGUACGAAGACAGAAUGUGAGGCCAGCCAGUUUCAGUGUGGAAACGGUCGCUGCAUCCCGUCGGUCUGGCAGUGUGACGGAGACGAGGACUGCACCGAUGGCAGCGACGAGAACUCCUGUGUUAGAAAGACUUGUGCGGAGGUGGACUUUGUGUGUCUCAACGGCCAAUGUGUUCCGAAGCGGUGGCACUGUGACGGGGAGCCGGACUGUGAGGACGGGUCCGACGAGAGCGUAGAAAUCUGCCACAUGAGGACGUGUCGCGUGAACGAGUUCAGCUGCGGAGCGGGCUCCACUCAGUGUAUCCCCAACUUCUGGAAAUGUGACGGAGAGAAGGACUGUGAUAACGGAGAGGACGAAGUCAACUGUGGUAACAUCACCUGUGCUCCCAACGAGUUCACGUGCGCCAGCGGCCGCUGCAUCUCCCGAAACUUCGUGUGCAACGGCGAGGAUGACUGUGGUGACGGCUCCGAUGAGGUGGAGUGUGCUCCGUCCUCCUGCGGCCCCAGUGAGUUCCAGUGUGGAAACUCAUCGUGUAUCCCGGCCAGCUGGGUGUGCGACGACGACGUUGACUGCCAGGACCAGUCAGAUGAGUCUCCGACUCGUUGUGGCCGUCACCCAACGCCUCCGGCCAAGUGUUCGUCCAGUGAGAUGCAGUGCCGCUCAGGAGAGUGUAUUCACAAGAAGUGGCGGUGUGACGGAGACCCUGACUGCAAGGACGGCAGCGAUGAAGCCAACUGUCCUGUACGCACCUGUGGACCGGAUCAGUUCAAAUGUGAGGAUGGAAACUGUAUCCUGGGCAGCAGACAGUGUAACGGCCUCAGAGACUGCACCGACGGCUCAGACGAAGUCAACUGCAAAAACAUGACUCAGUGUAACGGGCCGGAGAAGUUCAAGUGUCGCAGCGGGGAGUGUAUCGAGAUGAGCAAAGUGUGCAACAAGGCCCGAGACUGUCCUGACUGGAGUGACGAACCCAUCAAAGAAUGCAAUCUGAACGAGUGUCUCCUGAACAACGGCGGCUGCUCUCACAUCUGCAAAGACAUGGUGAUUGGCUUCGAGUGUGGCUGCACACCUGGACUUCAGCUCAUAGACCACAAGACCUGCGGAGACAUCAAUGAGUGUCUGAACCCUGGCAUCUGCAGUCAGAUCUGCAUCAACCUGAAGGGAGGAUACAAGUGCGAAUGCCACAACGGCUACCAGAUGGAUCCGACCACCGGAGUCUGCAAGGCUGUCGGCAAGGAGCCCUGCCUGAUCUUCACCAACCGCCGUGACAUCCGUCGUCUGGGUCUGGAGAGGAAGGAGUACACUCAGAUUGUGGAGCAGCAGAGGAACACGGUGGCUCUGGAUGCAGACUUCAACCAACAGUUGAUCUUUUGGGCUGACCUGGGUCAGAAGGCCAUUUAUAGUACUGUGCUGGACAAACGAGGGGAAGUGGGCACACACAACAAAGUGACAGACAACGUCCAGACUCCUGUGGGAAUCGCCGUGGACUGGAUCUAUAAGAACUUGUACUGGUCUGACCUCAGCACCAAAACCAUUUCUGUUUCCAACUUCAACGGAACCAAGCAGAAAGUUCUAUUCAACAGAGGCCUCAAAGAGCCGGCAUCCAUCGCCGUGGAUCCACUGUCUGGGUUUCUGUACUGGUCAGACUGGGGCGAGCCAGCCAAGAUUGAGAAAUCUGGUAUGAACGGAGUGGACCGACAGGUUCUUGUGGCAUCUGACAUCCAGUGGCCUAAUGGAAUCACACUGGAUCUGAUCAAAGGCAGGUUGUACUGGGUCGACUCGAAGCUACACAUGCUCUGUAGCGUCGACCUGAACGGCGACAACAGGAAGAAAGUACUGCAGUCUCCAGACUACCUGGCUCACCCCUUCGCCCUCACGGUUUUUGAGGAUCGAGUUUUCUGGACAGAUGGUGAAAGUAAAGCAAUCUACGGUGCAAACAAGUUCACCGGCUCUGACGUGGUGACGCUGGCCAGCAACCUGAAUGACCCCCAGGACAUCAUAGUGUACCACGAGCUGAUCCAGCUGUCGGGUACGAACUGGUGCACAGAGAAAGGUGUAAAUGGAGGCUGUAGCUACAUGUGUCUGCCUGCACCGCAAAUAAACAAACACUCCCCCAAGUACACCUGCGUGUGCCCAGAAGGACAGGAACUGGCUGCUGAUGGCCUGCGCUGCAGACCAGAACCUUCUACCAAAGGUCCCUCAAAGGAUGAUGAGAAAGCUCUCGUACAGCCGACCUCAGAAGCCAAUGUGAGCACGUCGAUCCAGGUGGACUCCACAGCCAGAGGGUCUGCUGCUGCCUGGGCCAUACUGCCUGUCUUACUGCUGGCGAUGGCGGCAGCUGGUGGCUACCUGAUGUGGAGAAACUGGCAGCUGAAGAACCAGAAGAGCAUGAACUUCGACAACCCUGUCUACCUGAAGACCACAGAAGAAGACCUCAACAUUGACAUCACCCGGCACGGCGCCAACGUGGGACACACCUACCCUGCGAUUUCGAUAGUGAGCACAGAAGACGAUUUAUCAUGAUCGUCUUGGUUUUUACGGCGACCCGCAGCGUUGCAUGGUGCCUCCUCAUUCCCAUGCCGAUGCCGGUUGUCUGUAGCAACAGCAGCCCUUACAGUACGACCACAUGCCUUCUGAAGUGCAUUAUGUCAUCAUCUGUGGAGAGGAUGACCGGAAGAAAUGUUAUUUAUUAUGUGAAUACUACGAUGAAUUCUGUGUCAUAACUGUUUUCACUCAGUGCGUCCAAAGUGUUCAAGGAUUUCUUUUUCUUUUGGUCUUGUUAUUUUUGGGCAUCAGACGGCUUCCUGACACCAUCUUUUCACAACAGAUGAGAGAAACGUGGUGAAUUUUCAUAAUUUGAUCAUCUCUUACGGGGUUCCUGCGUUCAAACUGAACCGGGGCGCUGACAAGAAGACGUUCAGUGUUUCUCUUGCCAAACAGAUGGACUCUGCUGGACAGGAUUUAAACUGGAUCUGAGCUGUCAGUGUCUGACAGUAAGACUCCUUCCUGACCGUACCCAGAGUGACGAGGGGUCGAGGGUUAUAGAAGAAUGAGGCGUUCACGGGGGAACUUGGUCCAAACUUUCUUUCUUUCCGCCUUUGAUCCAACAGGCUCAGACGUGUGAAUAUUUAUGUACCAUCCUGGUUUGGGCAGUAAUAUCUAAGAUGUAAGUUUUCUUUUGUUUGUUUUUUUUAUUUUUCUGAUUUCUUCCCAACAGUACCUCCGGGAGUGCAUUCUUACAAGCUGUUAUUUCACUCAGUGUUGUUGUUGUUAUAAUUAUUAUUAUUAUGAGGAUUAUUAUUAUUAUUAUAUUAUAUUAUUAUUAUUAAUUAUUAUUAGCAUCAUCAUAAAACUGUUAAGGAUCACCACGGUUACAGCGUUUGUAAACAUUGUAUAUAUUUACCCAUCAUCCCUCAAAGACAUGACGGUCAAUCAGGACUCUCUUCAAUGCACUUUGAUCAAAUGCUCCUUGUGUAAAUAAGAUUGUAUACAUUUGACUUGAAAUCAAUUUUUUGCUAAUGGUUGGGCAUCGUACCAGGGUUAGAGCUCAGAUGUAUUUAACAAGAAAGAAAAAUCAGAAAAAAGGAAAAAAAAAACACAAAAACAAAUUGAAUUUGGUAAAACUAUUUUGUAUGUUUGUGUGCUGUUGCUGUGAACUUUUUCUAGCCUUGUACAGUGAGGGGAACACUUAAGACUUACAAGCUCUGUAUCUGUGAAGAAACUGAUUUGCAAAUCACUCGAGAAUUAAAACCUAAUCCACCACGUUGUUCAAAA